AAUCCCUGCGAGGUGAAAGCUAUGAUUACAGAAUACAAUCGAUUAAAUGGGACUAUUCCCGGACACUUAUCUUGACACGUCAUGGCGGUAACUUAAAGGGGUAACCUAUUCGUAGCUUUUGACUACAGGUGUGAUUGAUAGUAUCUCAAAAGGAAAUGGUCGAAAGCUGUGAUUAUUGUGGAAAAGUAUUGCUAUGGAAACUGGAUGACUAUAUCGACUGAAGAAAUUAACAAUUUUAUUUAUUACUAGCUUUUGUAGAUACCAAAAUGUUCAAAAUGAGUAGAUUAAUUAAGAGACAUAUGUUAAGCUUUUUGGCUUUGGCUGUUGUCGCUUUUAUAGGAAUUAAAAUGUGGACAACGGUAUCGUCAUCGUCUAAUUCUAGUAAUGGGCUGUCGCCACGAUUAGCCAAAGCCUAUUUUUCAGAAGAAGAAGAGGAAAAAGACCCUGGGACUUUUUCAGAGAACUGGCCGGACGUUCAUGUACUAGAGGGAAAGGUGAGGCGAUACCUUAAAGAGAACUCCAAUUCUUCGUCCGGUUAUUUUUUCCCGUGGACACACAGUUUAAAAAGCCAUAGAGAACAGUUCUGUGAUGAAACUUACCGUGAAAAUAUGUCGUUCAGCAGUUCAUCUCCAGUAGCUAUCAUUGUUGGAGCUAGUGAUUCCAGUCUUUUACAGAUAUUCAGCUGCGUCACGUUUCUGUUAAGGAACACUCCCAAAGAAUUGGUUCACAAUUUAUUUGUUGUUGCUGACAAAAGAUUAAGUGAGAACGAUUUCGAUAUUUUAGAAGACCAUCUCCUACCGGUUCCAUUCUUCCGAACAUUUCAUUUAUCAAAUUAUACAGAUGAUCUCCCAGCCAGAGCAUUUGCUGCUGAAUUUACUUCAGCAACGACAUACGUUUUCCUGGAUGCAAAAGUGAUCGUUGAAGAGGGUUGGUUGGAACCCUUAAUCUCUGAGGUGACUAAGAACUACACUACAGUUGCUGUGCCACUCCCAAUACCAUCUACCGUAAACUCUCGUCAAAAUCUAACAUGGUACUCAAUGCGACGACGGGAGAUUGACUGGGACUUAAACUUAAGAUGGGGAUUAGGUACCUCUGUAUCGGAUCAUUCCGGUAGAUUAACUACGCAACCAGCUAUAUACGAACAUCUGUUUGUGGUGAGUGCGCGCUAUUUCAAGGAAAUCGGGGGAUUUGAUUAUCUUCGAAAGGGAUCCGGUGCUGAAGCAGUUUUAUGGAGUAUUAAAACGUGGUUGUGUCAUGGACAAAUUCUUCGUUCUUCUUGUUCAAAAGUCAUUGAAUUCCAAGAACCUAAACAGAGAAAGCGACAACAAUAUUUCUCAGAGAGGGAAUCUACAUUGAGAUAUAAAGCGUACGUAGCCCAAACAUUUUUGAGCAAUAGCUAUAAAUAUUACAAAUGUUUAAUACAUAAUUCAUUACCCCACACUCGUCCUAUUUCAUUCUAUUAUACAAAAGCUCUCAAGACAUACAGUAAUAUUUUAAAAUGUAACACCUUUUCUGCAUUUCUUACACGGGCUCAGACAGAUCUUAAACCUCCUCCAAAACAAAGUGAACAUUACGGGCGUUUAAAACUGAGCAGUGCCGAGGUCUACGUAUCGGUGGACAAAAACAAUCAGCUUGUGUUGGUCAGUGACGAGACGCACAUCGCCAAUGACUUUUCUUUUUAUAAUUACGCCUUAAUGUACAAAGGACUUUGUUUAUAUUCUAGUAAUAACCAUGAUUUGGUUUUAGUCAAAUGCGACAGUGUUUACACCACAAAGGUUUGGCAGUUUCAAAAUGGGAUGAUCAGAAACAAAAGUGAUCAGAGAUACUGUAUAAGUCGUGUGCCGAAUAGAGGUAUCAAACUAGGGCAUGUGUUUCUUGUAUCUUGCUCCAAACCAAAUCAAUAUAAUACUUUUGAGUUUUCUUUGUCGUUUAAAAAACGGUGUCUUCAUUAAAAAGAAUUAAAUGUUUUAUGUACAA